ACAACUACCACGUCUUGCUAUAUUAUUUACUGUCAUUCAAUUUAUUUAAAGGCUUACACAUGCUACAUGCACGCAUACACACACCUAGGCUACAUGUAAACUGAAGUCCCAUAAUUUCUUCCUUUCCACGUUUCUAUGGUGCAAUUGUCAUUAUGAAGGAGACCGCUGCAAUGCUCUGGAGCUAACGUGAGAAAACGGUUUAAUAGGCUACAGAUUAACAAACGGAUUGUUAGGCUACAUAUGUUACUUUAACACACAUCUAAGAAGUUAAUUUGCAGUGAUUUCAGAUCUAUGUUAUUUGUUUGACAAAAAUAAUUUAAUCUAUUUCUCGUCUAGCAGUUUCCGCGCCAUUAAUGAAACCCCUUAGUCAUCGUUUUGAUGAAAGAAAAAAAGGACACAAUGGUGUAAAUGUUCAAAAUGCUGAAAUUGUAGGAAAACAGCAUACACAAGGAUUUUCAAAUCCCACUCACCAACCCACGCCGCCCGCUCUUUUCUCUUUAGCUUUGGCAAUCUUUAAUCCAGUGGGCCGCGCGAGAACAGAAAUCUGCCUCUGUGUUUACUGCCGUGCUGCGUAAAGACAUAAAUCUUCGCGUCUGACCGAGAAAAUACACAAGCUGAUGUUGGUAAUUCAUUCGUAUGCAGAAGAGUUUGAUCCAUAACCUCCAGUCCCCAGCUCGCGGCUCCCUUUUUUCUGCCUGCUACUUUGGAGGUCCGGGAGUUUUAUUACCUUUUUCUAUUUUGCAAAAAAAGAAGAAGAAGAAGAAAAAAAAAAAUAGUAGUUGCCAAUAUUCCUUGACUUGUCUUCAUGACCAAUUAUUUUUUUAAAUGGAUGAGUUUACUGAAAUGUUGCAGUAGCCUAUAUUACUACUACUACUACUGCUACUACUACUACUACUAACUACUAGCUACUAUACCAUUAUUAUUAUUAUUAGGCUAUUAUUGUGUUUUUAUUGCUGUUUCAAUUUAUAAUCUCUUAAAACAAUUUGUGAUUAGCCUACUGUAAUUAGUAAUUAGUAAUUCAGCCCUUUUCAGUCUAAUAGUAUUGCAGUUUUUAAUUCUUUAAUAACCAAUACAAUGUUGCUACGAUUAAGCUUGACAUAGUUUCUAACAACUAGUCUAGUUCUGAGCGUAAUUACAGAGUUUUGGAUUUUUAUGAAGUUGUAUAUAUUCCGUCCUGACUGUGUUCACAGGGGAGUGAAGCAGCUUUCUGUGCUUGAGAAGGCGCUUCAUUUGCAUAAUUUUUCUUGUCUACGGUGACGCUCUGUUUCGAGGGAGUUCACUGGGGUGUGCAUGAGUAUGUGUUAACGUGCUAGUUUGUGCACGUUAGCGGUACACGAAAGACUCACUAGAGCGCAGCCCAUGGUGGCAUUUAGUAUAGGUCUGAGAACACAGGCGUUCAUUUAGUAGUAUGUAAUAUGUGUGUAUGUGUGAAGGUGCUUAAUCUUUACGACCAGGGCGCACGAGACAACUUUCGUUAUCUGGCUGCUAUACUGAUUUACGUCAAAAAGAGAAAAAGACAGAAGGAAGGAAUUUGAGUCCUCGAGCGCGACGGAGUCGCAGCUUUACUGCAGAUCCGUCCCAUGACUCCUGCAAGUGCAGCUCUGGCUUUGUUGUCUUUCCGAUUUAGCUUUACCCUGGACCGCUGUUUGAUCGAUUUCUGCCGCUGAAUGAGAGAAACUCGCGCCGUGCUGCGCGCUGCUCGUCAGAGAGGAAGUUAUGUUGGCUAUUGUUGCAGCUGGCCAUAAGGUUCACCCGUAGAGCCCAUUGGCGAAGAGGUGUCACGUGACUACAUUGAGCCAAUGUUCUUCUACAAAGGUGUCAGGACCUUGUCAGAAAGUGAAAUAAACAUUGGGAAACGGCGAGAUGCAAAAAGCGACCUACUGCGACGGCUCGGCAAUUUACAGUGGCUUCCCCUAUCAAAGCGCAAACGGUUUAGGUUAUGAUGCCAAUCAGCAGCAAUAUCUCCAGGCCCUUCAUGUGGAAAGUGAGUACCAACGACCGGCCUGCUCCCUGCAGUCCCCUGGUGGUUCUGCAGCUCUGCACAAACCCAAUGAAAUCUCCGAGGGCUGCCAACGGAGUAACGGGACACAAGCCCCAGUACCAGACAUCCCCGAUAACAACCAGCCCCCUACUGCCCCUUCCGGACCAUCUUCCCCCAGUGCCCUGAACCAAAUUCCGAGCAAUGAUACCACCACCAAGAAUCCUGGGCACUCAUCUCCAACGUCAGCCACAAGGAAACAAAUUUUUCCGUGGAUGAAGGAGUCCCGUCAGAACACAAAGCAGAAAUCCUGUAGUACCAUUUCAGUAGAGAGCUGCGCUGGAGACAAGAGUCCCCCAGGUUCAGCCGCCUCUAAGCGUGCUCGUACUGCAUACACGUCUGCUCAACUCGUAGAGCUGGAGAAGGAGUUCCAUUUCAACCGUUACCUCUGCCGUCCGCGACGAGUGGAAAUGGCAAAUCUGCUCAACCUUACGGAAAGGCAGAUUAAAAUAUGGUUCCAGAAUCGCAGGAUGAAGUACAAAAAGGACCAGAAGGGGCUCGGAAUGAUGCCCUCUCCUGGAGCACAGUCUCCUCACAGUCCCGUUGCUCUGUCAUCCGGUGGCGGAGGAGGGGGUGGGAGUGCAUAUUUAAGUUCAAUGCAUUCCCUGGUUAACAGCGUGCCCUACGACUCACCCGCUCCAGCAUCGUAUAACAAACCCCAGCCUAAUGCUUAUAACCUUCCUACGUCAUAUCCACCUCCUCUGAAUAACUGCCCGCCUCCUCAGAAGCGGUAUCCGGGGACUGGCACAGCCACGCCUGAAUACGACACGCAUCAUCUUCAAGGCAACAACAAUUACGGAACGCAAGUGCAUGGUAGCCCGGUUUAUGUCAGUGGCGGUGGAGGCUACUCGGAUUCUUUGGUAGGUAUGGGGGCCUCGGUAUUUGGCCUGACACAUCUACCGCAUCCACCUCAAGGCAAUAUAGACUACAGCGGCGCUAUCACCAUGGGGAACAACCAUCAGCAAGGAGCUUGCGAACCAAACCCAUGCACAUUCACAGACCUUACACCGCACUAUUCUCAGGGAAGAAUUCAGGAAGCGCCCAAACUGACGCAUCUAUAGUGCCGAUACAGUGUAUUUCUCUUCUCGUCCACGGCACACAUUUGCGUCCCCGUUCUGACGGCGUUUUCUGCCACCUAUUUUGUUCAUAUAGUUUUCCUGACGUAGCCUCAGGUGAAACGCCCUUGUUUUAUGUUCAACUUUAUACAUAUGUAGAAAAUAAAUUAAAAUUCCUUAAAACUUAUGUCAUGGCAUAAGUGUCAUGGAUAUGUAGGGCUAUUUGAUUUGUUUUAAGAAAAUCUGAAACAGGGUAUAAAACAGUUUUGUGACAGGUUUUUAAAUUGAUUUUGAUUUUAAAGUUUUUAAAUUGUCCCUAGUCCACGGUUUCUUUUCUGUUUUGCAUUUUGCACUUGAGGAAGGAUGCAUAUGAACACGAUUUCUUAUUCAACAGUUUUAUCAUACAGCGUAAGCUCGUGUCUUUCAGUCCUUCAAAUGUAUUUAUUUGUUUCCAUGGACAGUAGAUUGUUUGUGUUAUGUUGCCCAAACCCUUUAGAUAUAAAGCAAUGGGUAAAAAGAAAAAUGCAUCAGGGGAUUCUCCCAGUCAUGUCAAAGCUUAAACAUAUUGUCAAGUGCUAACAGGCAAGACUGUUUAUCAAAGAUCAGUGUGUUCGUAUAUUAAUCAAUGUGUGCGAAUGUUAAUCAUGUCUUGCUCAAACAGUCGAAAGAGACAUCCGAGCAGAUACUCAUACUUUUUAUUUGUUCGAAUAUUUUUGAUGUCACACAUUCCAUGCUGCUCCACUUCUGAAGAAAUAAAAGAAACUAACUGA